AUGGCUCGCGAGAUGAAUGGCUUCUUCACCGCCGCCGUUCCUCCGGCGCCGUUCCAGGCGGAGGCCGACGAGGCGGAGGACGGCAGCGGCGGGAGCGGGAGUGGGCAGGGGAAGCUCUGCUCAAGGGGCCACUGGAGGCCCGCCGAGGACGCCAGGCUCAGGGAGCUCGUCGCGCAGUACGGUCCCCAGAACUGGAACCUCAUCGCCGAGAAGCUCGACGGCAGAUCAGGGAAGAGCUGCCGCCUGCGGUGGUUCAACCAGCUGGACCCGCGGAUCAACCGGCGGGCGUUCACGGAGGAGGAGGAGGAGCGGCUCAUGGGCGCGCACCGCGCCUACGGCAACAAGUGGGCGCUCAUCGCGCGCCUCUUCCCCGGCCGCACCGACAACGCCGUCAAGAACCACUGGCACGUCCUCAUGGCCCGCCGGCAGCGGGAGCAGUCGGGCGCCUUCCGCCGCCGCACCAAGCCCGCCUCCUCCUCGCCGUCCUCCACCGCCCCGCCGCCGCCGCCGCCGCACUUCCCGUCCGUCGUCCUCCCCCAGCACCAGCACCCGCACAACGGCUCCUCUCCCAUGCCGCUCAACCACCCGUACGCCAUCGGGGUGGCGAUUGCGGCCGGGCUCGGCCCCGCGUACAGCGGCGGCGAGUCUGACGAGUCGGCGUCCACCUGCACCACCGACCUCUCCCUCAGCGCCGGCAGCGCCGCCGCCGUCCCCUGCUUCUACCACCACCACAACCACCAACAGAGCUACGACAUGGCUCCGCAACCGCAAGCCGCCCCGCAGCCGUUCGCCCCGAGCCCGCGCUCCGCCUUCUCCGCCCCGUCGUCCUCGUCGGCGCGGCAACAGCAGCAGCGACAGGACGCCGCCGACCAGGACGGCGACAAGCCCAGCGUCCCCUUCUUCGACUUCCUCGGCGUCGGAUCGACAUGA